AAACAUUGGAAUGAACCACCUAAGCGACGUUUUCGUAUGUAGUUGCGUGAUGUGCGUUUGAAAGUGUGGAAGUGAGUUGAUUACGCUAAUUGGAUUUUAGUACUCUGAUCUUAUUCAAUGCUUCUGGCAUGGAUAUGUAUGAUGACGAAUUAGAAGAGGAUACAACCCGUUUCAUGAAAGAUUUAAGCCUUUUUGAAGUGCCAUCUCGAGAAUGUUUUAGUGCCAAUUCAACAACACUGAAGAAAUCGGAAACAUCAGCCGGUGAGGAUUUUGAAAAGAAACGCGAAUUAUACGCGAAUUUGAAUUUGGAAUCUCAUCCGAGUUUAUAUUCAAGUAGAGUUAAUUCUAGUAUAUCUUCGGAGUCGUAUUAUGGAAAAAUACGACCCAAACAGGUGAGUUCUUCUCAGCUUAGCUAUGUUCCUGAUCAUUUGCCUGAAAAGGGUACCAAAACUUCGUUAGAUUGUCAUGCCAAUCAUAUAUCAAAUGCAGCUUAUUUGUCAUCUUAUAAACAAGCUGAUGUUCCCAAUGCUUUGCUUAGUCAUGCAAAUCGUUCAGUUGGAGCCAAAGAGAGUUUAGUGAAAACUGGACAGAAUUUUAAAACAAAAGAUCCUCCUGCAUAUUCAAAAAUAGAUCGUGCCAGUGUUAUUGCAGCUGCAAAAUUUCCUACACCAAAGCAGCCCCUUCCUGUUACUGUAUCUAGUUCUUCGGUAAAUGUUUCAAUCUCCAAUGGUCUUUCCAACAAAGGAUAUUCUUUAACAAAUUCUAAUGCUAAUGUUUCAAAAUCUUCAUUUUUACAGGUUAAUGACCGUAGUCAUUUGAAAUAUGCUAAUAUUCCAAAUAAAAAUGUGUUAAGUUCUAUAUCUGGCAUUACAAAUAGACUUGGUCAUGAUUCGUUACAUUCCAGUCCUCGUAGUAGCCUCAGUAGUUCCAGUGGUAGCCGAGAGUCACAGAAUUCUGGCUCACCAAGAACAAGUUAUACAGGGCCUAUCUAUGAGAAUCUUAGCAAUGUGCGAAGUGUAAAUACGAUUUUGCCUGAAACAGUGCUAAAGAUGAACUGUACUGUUCCUCAUGAAAUCAUACAGCAGGUUUCUCGGCCCAACAGUUCUCUUGAAUCACGAAAUCCAGGACCAUGCAUAACUGUAGUACCUAAACCUCCACCACCUUAUCCUUAUCCUAAAGUAUCUACUGAAUAUCCAAUUUAUGCAAAUCUGCAGGAACUUUCUUUAAAACCUCAAGCUUCCACUGCAGUUUGUGGUGAUACCUUUGGAGAUGUCAGUAGUGUUGUGCAUCGACAGGUUGGCACCACAAAUUACCCUUAUGUAUCUGCUAUACAACAUAAUCCUAUUACUAAUAUACCACAUGUUAUUCCUGGCAUAAAUAAAGAUUAUCCCCUUGUUUCAGCUGGUUAUAGUUGCCAACCUGUGAGUGCAACAAAUGUGUAUCAAGUGUCUAGUGGUAAUACAUCUCAUUAUCAGCAAGCUACCACCCCUGCUAGUAAUUCAGUUUAUUCAACUCAGAACAAAGUGGCUGUAUCUUCUAGUAAUUUAGUUGAGAAUUAUAUUUCAAAUCCAAAAAUAAACUUAUCUUUGAGACCAACUACGUCUGCAAAUUCGUUUACACCAAUACAUAGUCAGCAUUUGACUCAUCCAUCUGUAAAUCCUUCAUUAAUAGGUAGUACCCAUAGCCUUUUAUCUAAUCAAGGUUAUAUCAAGCCUUUGCCAAACGGAUCACAUCCUCGAGAUCAGGUAUCUCUGCUAGCAAAACUGCAGUUGCCACAACCAGCUCACUCACAAAUUUUGACGUCUUCCAUGACUCCGAAGUCUGCAUCUGCUGGCCAUUUACCCCCACCCCCUCCAUAUCCUGGUACAGGAUCUAAGCCAAAUACUUUGAAUUCCAAAACACUUUUGCCUUAUAAUGUGACUCCACAACGACAGAAAGGCCCAACAGAGGCCGAGAAAAAAAUUGAAGCUUUAACCAAACAAAUUGAAGAUGAACUGGAAAGUAAUCCUGAAGGGGAAUAUUUUGGAAUCUGCCAUACAUGUGGUGAAAAAGUGACUGGUGCUGGACAAGCGUGUCAGGCAAUGGGAAACUUGUACCACACCAAUUGUUUCAUAUGUUGCUCAUGUGGUCGGGCUCUUAGAGGUAAAGCAUUUUAUAAUGUCCAUGGCAAGGUGUAUUGUGAAGAAGACUACCUUUAUUCUGGAUUUCAACAAACUGCAGAAAAAUGUGCAGUAUGUGGUCAUCUAAUAAUGGAUAUGAUACUGCAGGCUAUGGGCAAAUCAUAUCAUCCUGGGUGCUUCCGUUGCUGUAUAUGCAAUGAAUGUUUAGAUGGAGUACCAUUUACAAUUGAUAUGGAUAAUAAAAUUUAUUGUGUGAAUGAUUACCACAAAAUGUUUGCUCCUAAAUGUGCUGCUUGUGGACAAGCUAUUACUCCUGUGGAGGGAACUGAUGAAACAGUUCGUGUUGUGUCUAUGGAUAGAGAUUUUCACGUAGAUUGUUAUGUAUGUGAGGAUUGUGGCUUACAAUUGACAGAUGAACCUGACAAGCGGUGCUAUCCUCUAGAUUGCCAUCUACUUUGCCAGGAAUGUCAUGUGCAUCGCUUAGAGGUUAUGAGCAAUCCAAGUAUUAGCUUACAGUGAUAUAUAGCAAUUGUCAAAUAGUUUCAGUAAAUGUAAUAAGAAUUAGUCUCAAGGAAUAUAUAUUUGUGCAUUUGUCACAAUAUGAAAUGCCUUGUCAAGAAUGUGUUAUUAAAAGAAUUCCAUUUGUAAUAUUCUUUUGUACAUUGUUUUCUUAUUGUGGUGUUCCUUUUUGUUUUCUUAUUGUGGUGUUCCUUUUGUUUUGUAUACUUGUAAUGCAGAAAAUUGAAUUUUUUCAUAUUUUUUUCCUUUGCAUCAUUAAGAAAAAUGUACUUUUUAUUAUUGACUUCCUGAAUUUAUAAUUUUUCUCAUUUUAACAAAUAUCGUUAGCAAAUAACAUUUGGAACUCUGAAAUAAUGAAAAUAAAUUGUAGAAAGGAAUUGAAAUAGCUUUUGUAACAUGUCAGUUGAUAAUCAGAUUGUUUUUUCAUUUUAAAUAUUAUAUAUCCUGAAUGAGAGAAGCUUUUCAUCAAAAAAAUAACUUAUCUAUAUUAUUUUCUAUCAUUGUGAUAAUUUUGUGUGAAUGUGUAGUAUUAUAAAUUGCAUUUCAUUAAAAUUGCUUAGUUUUGUAAUUUAAAUCAUUGAAGUUAUUACGAAUAUUGUGCAAAAUUAAUUGAUGUGGCUGAACCAAGAUAUAAAAUAAAAAGAGGAAGAAGUAGCAAUUACAGAAUGAAAACAAUAAGUAGAAGAAGAGCAUUUUAACUGCAUUUAUGUAUUUAAAUAUUCUAAUAAACUACUUUUUUUAAAAAAAAGAUCUCUUUAAGAAAUUGAAAAAAAAAAAAGUACGUUCUACAUUUUGAACUUUUUAUUAUUUAUUUUUAAGAUCUGUAAAUAAAAAUCCUGAUUAGGAAUUAUAUGUAUAUGUAAUAUAACAUUGUGCUUUAUUGUGUUAUAAAUGUAUUUGUGAAUGUAAUGUAAUAGUGUAAAUUAUUUAUCUUGUAAAUAAUACAUGAAAUGUUAAGGGGCAACAUUUUUCACUUUUAUGUAAAGUGACUUUCUUGAUCCUCAGUUUGAAUGCCUUUUAAGAUUUGAAAAAAAUUAAAUUUUAGAAUUUGAUAUGUGUUGUAAAAAUUUUUAAUUAUUUAAUUCCUGUACUAAUUAAUAUAAUAAUUUAAUUAACAUUUCCUUUAAAAAUAAAUUAAGCAUAUGCCUUGAUGUAAAAAGGCAACAUAUCUGUAUUAAAAAUAGUCAUAAAAUUAGGGAAUUCAUAUAUAAUUUAUUAUACCAACAUUUGUAAGACUUGGAUAAGUUCACGCAGAACUUCUCAAGAACUGAAAAAUUCAAGAAUAAAAUAUGAAGCUAAAUCUGUUAGUAAAACUGCUCAAUAGAUUUUCAAUGAAAUAUUAUUUUCUUUAAUACUCUUAAGUUCCCAUUCACUUUUAAUAUUCUGGAAAGUCAAUGAAGUGAAAAAAAUUAAUAAUUUUUUAAUAGGAUAAAAAUUAAAACUUUUAUCUGAAAAUUUCGGAAACCUAAAAAGAAGGGAAGAUCAGUCCUCUCAAAUAAUAAAAGUUCAGCUUUUAAAUUGUAUGCAGCAAAAAGGGAAGGGGGACCUAUAUUGAAAAGAAAUGGAGAAGAAAUACUAUAGCAUUGAUUUUCUUUCAUAAAGCGAACCAUUUCUUUCAUCCAUCUCAAUAUAUAAUUAUCUUAUUCUCAUAUGUGUAUUUUUUGUUUUGUUUGAAUAAGAAUUUCAAUAAUGAUUUUUUCAGUUCCCAUUUUUUUCUUGGGGAGGGGCAUUUCUUAUAGAAAUUGUUUACUUGAGAUAGUCCCCCCCCCCAUUUUUUUAUGAGUGAAAUAAUUCAAAAUAAUAACUUGUAUUGAUGUUUACUGAAAUAGCAUGUGUUAAGUAUAAAUAAAUGUAUACUGUACAUGCUAGUAACUGAAUUAUGCAUGCUACAUUGAGGUGUAAGUUAGUACAGUAAAACACCAGUGAAGCGCAAAGGGUUAAAACUGCAUUUACUAUCUGUAAAGCAAAUGAAUGGUGAUGUAUUCUACCAUAGUUGAGUUAUUUUUUAUCUACCGUAUGAAGUAUGCAGCUACAGUUUGUGAGUAAUAAAAUCUUUUCAUAAAAAUUAAUACGCUUUUUUAUGUGAACAUAAACUAGAAACUUCAUUUAUAAACAAAUCAGUCUAUUUUAUUUUCUAACUGAAAAAUAAUAGUAUACAUUUAAAAUACAAAUGAGAUAGAUUUGACAUACGGAUAACUGUUUUUGGGUGUGUUUCGAACAGUAUAAUGGUAACUCCUGUUUUUUCAUAUUGCAGUAUUCAAACCUGUAACCAAAACUGAAAAUCAACACACACUAAAUUCUAAUAAAAAUAUAAUUUAUAUAAAAUAAUAAAUUUCAGUUUUAAAAGAUUAUCUAUCACCAGUAUUGUGCAUAAACUUGCUAACUGAAAUUCUAAAUUAUAUGUCUGCUGUUAUAAAAGCAAACAUAAGAGUAUUAUUUAUGUGGAUAGAAAACUUUUGUUUAUGUGUUGAUUUAUUUGAAGUCAUAUGCAUUAGAAAAUGUUCUGUAAUUGUAAUUUUAUGCAUAGAAAAAAUGCCAGAUUAAAACUAUGCUUAGUUAUAUCUAUACUUUUUUUUUUUCCCCCAUGAGGAGAAAAUGGUUAUUCAUAUAGAAAGAAGUAACAUUGUAAUGCUGAAACUUUAUGUGACUGAAAAUUUCUACAGACACCUUUGAAGUACAGUAAUGCCGAUUAAUGUAAUCAUGUUGUCCCAUGAUUAAACCUAAUGAUAAGAAAACAAUAUAUCUUGAAAAAAAUAUCUGCAGUUUAACUAAUUUAAUGGAAUUAACUUUAUUUCUAAUUAAAAUAUUGUAUGAAAUUUUAAUUAGGAAUAAAAACUGAAAAUAUUCGUAGUGGCCUGUCUACGGUUGUUACACACAUAAGUUUACAAACUUUAUAUUUUAAAGUAUUUCUGGAAAUGUAGUAAUGCUACAUAUCUAAUUUUAUCUUGAGCAGAGUGCUUUUUUCCUCUCAAACACUAACAGGAAAUUCCUUAUCUGUUUCAUUAUUAUGAUUUUCAAUAUGUUUCUCAUGUAUUGUACUCUUAAAAUCUGUUUAAGAAAGCGAUUUUCUCUUCUAUCAGUACUGCAGCGUAAUCUCUUUCAUCAUCAUGCAUCAAAGCUUCAAGUUUCUUAAGAUGCACAGUAAUGAAAGUUGUUACAUUUAUACUUCAUCUUUUUAUCUUGUAAUUUAAAGUUUGUCAUUUUUAAAACAGUUCAUCUGUUUUGAGAUUCAGUGUUCAGCAGAUGCAUGCAUAAAGUAAAUUAGUUUUCUUUGGUUGCUCAUUUGCCAUUAAACAUCCAUUUUUUUCAGUGUUAUGCAGGAUUCUAGUCAUCUCGGGAUGAUGAAAAUAUCCUCUCAUAACUCUAAUAAUCCUUUAAUCACAGGGUUGAUUUAUGGUUGUAAUGUUCGCUGGAAGAAAGACAUUUAUGUUGUGCAAUAGCUAGUAAAAGGAUAACAUUCUUUAGUUCAGUAUUCCAUAUCAAGAUCCAUUCGUUAAAAAUUGUCAGUCAUACCUCUAAAUUACUUGAUUUUCUAGUUUUGUAAUAUCAUUCUAAUUGAAAAAUUUUCAUCCAGCAGCAUUUUGACCACUCUAAAUGAUUCACUGAUUACAAUAAAUGAUUGAAUCCCUGUUUCACGUGUGCAAUCAGAUGGAAUUUAGAUGAUUCUCUAAUAGUAUUUGUUAAGUUCUUCAGAAACUCCUGGUUGAAUUGCAUAAAUUAAAUAACUGUAUCAGAGUCUCUAUAAAACAAUUAUUUGGAAAAUUAAUUUUUGCAUUAGUUUUCAUUUCUUUCAAUUUUGAAAUGUGUUUAAACUAUGGUAUAAUAAACAUAUAUUUCCAUGUCAAAUUAAGACUUAUUAUACGUUUUUGUUGCUGUUAUAGUUUGGAAAUUAUUAUCUUUUGCAAGGCUUGUUUUCAAUUUCAAAUUUGCCAGAAUUGUGUUGUAUCAUUGUACAGCUCAAACUUUGCAUUAAAUAUUUAGUCUAGUUCUAAUUUGUAAGAUAUGUUGCACUAGUUUAAAUCAUUUGCAGAAUGUGCUUGUAAAUACAUACAUAACUUGUAUUAAUUUAUUUUGUGCAAAUUAACAUCCUAUAACUCUUUUCAUAUUUGUUCAUAUGCAGUUUAUAUAUUGUAUGAAAUACGUUUGUGUACAGAUGAAUAACAUUUUUACAUUCCUUUUGUAUGUAUGACAGUUUUCUAUGUAUUAUAAGAGUGAUUACUGGGUAAAGGAUUGGCUGGGUGCUGGAAACCUUUGCCAAUAUUUUUUCAAAAACUUUCUGUAACAUUUUUUUUUGGUCGAAUGAAAAUAAGUAGCAGUGUAAUGAAGAUUUUCUAUAAAACUGAUAAACAUUCAUUUUAAAAUAUAUUCCAGCUUUAAGUCUUAUUAGCAAAUUAAAAGAGAAGUUAAUGCAGCUGUUUAUAUCAGUAUCUAAACUAUUUCUAACAAAUGAAAUAAUCAACAGAAACGCUGCACAUUAUUUAUGUGGUGGAGAGGCAUUGGAAUAUAGCUAUAAUAACUCAUGAAAACAGAAAAGCAUAAAACAUGAAUUCAUGCAGAAAAUGCAAUAUGAAUAUUGUAAAGAAAAAUUUGUAAUGUGGAAUAAAGAUUAUGAAUCC